GUUAAAUAAGAUUUUGUGUAAAAAAAAAGGGCUUCAGGCUGGGCAAGUCAUAUGCUGCUAACCAAGCACAUCUAUUGGCUGAACGGGGAAUACGAGGGCGUGACUACGGCGGCGCGUGGGUUCGCUUGGGUGACACAAUUAUAACAACUUUGGGCUGGUGGCAGUAGGGAUUUUACGAUCAAAUAAUUCUUUUUUCAAACCUGCAAAAACUACCCUUAAUGCAUAUUUUUUUAUUAGUUGCAUAUAACACUGUGUCUAAAAAAUGUGACGCGAAGACGUUCUGGAGGGUUACUUAUUUUCCUGAAAGGAUUUACUGUUUUGGGUUGCGUUUUUUGAUUCUGGAGAGAAAGUUAACUAUUUCAAAUAUUUUUUUUGUUUUCUCUCUUUAAUUUGGUGGAGUAUUUCGUUCGCCGUCUAGUCGCGAUUCCAUGCAAUCGUGCGGAGUCUCGCUCGCUGUUGCUGCCUGCGCUGCUGCUCGGAGUCUAGGCUCGGCUUCUGGUGGUGAUGAGGAAAAGAAAAUGGCGGCGGGAAAAGCGAGUGAAACCGAGGAGGACUUUCCGACGCUGACAGCCCAAGAGAGGGACAGCUUGGUCGGAAUUGACAGCUCACUGUUUGGAUUUCAGAGGCUUCAUGAAGAUGGCGCCAGAACGAAGGCCCUGCUGUUGAAGGCCGGCCGCUGCUACGACUCUCUCAUCCUGAAGGCGGAGGGCAAGGUGGAGCCUGAGCUCUUCUGCCAGCUAGGCCACUUUAACCUGCUGCUGGAGGACUACCCCAAAGCAUUAUCAGCAUACCAGAGGUACUACAGUUUACAGUCGGACUACUGGAAGAAUGCUGCCUUUCUCUACGGUCUGGGAAUGGUCUACUUCCAUUACAAUGCGUUUCAGUGGGCGAUCAAGGCCUUUCAGGAGGUGUUGUACAUCGACCCCAGCUUCUCCCGAGCCAAGGAGAUCCACCUGCGUCUGGGCCUCAUGUUCAAGGUCAACACAGACUACGAGUCAAGCCUAAAGCACUUUCAGCUGGCUUUGAUUGACUCCAACCCCUGCACUUUGUCCAAAGCUGAAAUCCAGUUCCACAUCGCUCAUCUGUAUGAGAUUCAGAAGAGAUACCGUGCUGCCAAGGAGGCGUACGAGAGUCUCCUGCAGACAGACCAGCUCCCAGCACAGGUGAAGGCCACCACCCUGCAGCAGCUAGGCUGGAUGCACCACACUGUGGAGCAGCUGGGGGAUAGGGCUAACAAGGACAGCUAUGCCAUCCAGUGUCUGCAGAAGUCCCUGGAGGCAGACCCUGGCUCAGGCCAGUCCUGGUACUACCUGGGCCGCUGUUACUCCAGCAUCGGCAGAGUCCAGGACGCCUUCGUCUCCUACAGGCAGUCUAUCGACAAAUCAGAGGCCAGCGCUGACACGUGGUGUUCCAUAGGGGUGCUGUACCAGCAGCAGAACCAGCCCAUGGACGCCCUGCAGGCGUACAUCUGCGCGGUGCAGUUGGACCACGGUCACGCGUGGGCCUGGAUGGACCUGGGCACGCUGUACGAGUCCUGCAGCCAGCCACACGACGCCAUCAAGUGCUACAUCAACGCCACGCGCAGCAAGGCCUGCACCAACACACCCACGCUCACUCAGCGCAUCAAAUGCCUGCAGGCUCAGUUGAGUAAACCCCAGCUCACUAGUCCUCAGACUAAAAGUAAAAGGCUUCCUCUUAUUGAGGAUGCCUGGAGUCUACCAAUCCCAGCAGAGCUAACCUCCAGACAGGGAGGCCUGAAUACUGCACCGCAGGCGUGUAAGCCCCAGGCCACCACGGAGGGGAGGGCAGCAGGUCAGUCUCUGCCCCCCCAUAUAGGAGCCCUGGGCCCGGGGGAGGACCAGUCCAGCCCGGCCAAGCGCCGGAGGGCUUCCAGCCCAGCCAAGGGUCAGCCAGACUCAUGGACCGCCCCCACACAACAGCCGGUCCCUAACUGGUACCUAUCGCCACAGAAGCUACAGCACCUGGAGCAGCUAAGGGGCAGCAGGGACAGUCUGAAGCCCCUGCAGCUGCAGACCCUGGAACAACUAGAGGCUCAGCUCAACCUGAUGCAGCAGCACCAACAGCAGAUGAGGCAGAACCCUUCAGGACAGCUGCGCCCCUCCCUCCCCAACGGCCCCAGCUCCCUCCCCCCUCCUCACCCCGGCCUCCACCCAUCCCGCCCCCACCUCGGCGCCCCACCCCGGCCCCCCUUUCCUCUUCCUCAACCACUGGCCAACGGGCCCCUGGGCCCUGGCCCUGGCACACACAGACACUUGGAGCCUCUUUCUGUGGGCAAUAACUGUUCUACCAAUAAUAACCAGCCAGUGGGCGUUGCCGUGGGCGUGGCCCCUGGACCCCACGGAGACGUGCCUUACCUGCAGCCUGGCGCACUACUACCUCACACCUGCACAAGCACCCAAUCACAGGACCCGCGCCGGACCCUGCACCUCAACUCCACUCAGGGGCUCCAGAAGGGUUCUGGGCCACGCUGGGCGGGUCCGAACGGGGAAGGGCUUCUCUCGCACCCCCAGACGCCCGACUCUGCCCCCCACAAUCAGGUCGGACAUUCCUCCGCCACGCCAUCACCGAGGCAACAGACCCUCAACCACCUCCCGGCCCCGCCCCCUCCUCACUCUGCUACCUCAGGUGGAGCUCCGGACGCCCCGCCUACCAAAGAUGCCCCGCCCCUCGGCAACGGCCUGGCCCCCACGGCAACGGACCCUGCCCCCGAGGGCCCCGUGGCGGCGGAGGGCUUAUCCAAUCACGUGGCGGGAGGCGAGGGGGUGGGCGGGUCCCCGGGCCUUAGCUCAGACAAUCCCAAGGACGGCCCCCAGGGGCCCUGCGAGGGCGGGGCCGCCAAGGGCUGCUCCGCCCACAGGAAGGUCAACAACCUCCAUCACGGCUCCCUCCCGCCUCUGGCCCCGCCCCAGGGGAGCCCCACCUCCUCCUCCCCCAUCUCAGCCAUGUCCACAGCCACGCCCUCCCCCAAGUCGUCCUCUGAGCACGCUCAGACGAGCACCCACAGCCCCGGCAACAGCAGCAGCAACCCCGCCGCCGCCACGCCGCCCGGCCCCACCCUCAACGGCAACGGGAAGGGGGGCAUCUCGGAGGACUCCCGGAGUCCCCUGAAGGCCGAGCCCCCCUCGGCGCCGUGCCACCGGGGCCCCGGCCGACACCCCUCCCCCUCGUCCUCCGUGUCCAUCUACCCAAGCUCCUCAGAUGUACUCAAGGCCUGCAGGAACCUGGGAAAGAACGGCCUGUCCAACAGCAGCAUCCUGCUGGAUAAGUGCCCGCCCCCUCGCCUGCCACCGCCCCCCUCCCCGGCCCUGCCCAAGGACAAGCUCAACCCCCCCACGCCCAGCAUCUACCUGGAGAACAAGAGGGAUGCAUUCUUCCCUCCACUGCAUCAGUUCUGCACAAACCCCUCCAACCCUGUCACGGUCAUCAGAGGCCUGGCUGGAGCCCUCAAACUAGACCUGGGCCUGUUCUCCACUAAGACCCUGGUGGAGGCCAACCCGGAGCACCUGGUGGAGGUGAGGGCCCAGCUGGCCCAGCCUGCUGAUGAGAACUGGGACCUGAGCGUCUCCAGGAAGACCUGGCGCUGCGAGAGCAGCCGCUCCCACACUACCAUCGCCAAGUACGCCCAGUACCAGGCCUCCAGCUUCCAGGAGUCCCUACGGGAGGAGAACGAGAAGAAGGCGCUGAAGGAGCCCUCCGACACGGAGCCUGCCUCAGCCGACAGCGCGGCACGGAAGAGGAGGAGUCCCUUAAAGCACAUCAAGUUCGGGACCAACAUCGACGUGUCCGACGAGAGGAAAUGGAAGCUCCAGCUGCAGGAACUCAGUAAGCUGCCAGCCUUCAGCAGGGUGGUCUCCGCCGGCAACCUGCUCAGCCAUGUGGGCCAUCCCAUCCUGGGCAUGAACACAGUCCAGCUGUACAUGAAGGUCCCUGGGAGCAGAAUACCAGGUCACCAGGAACACAACAACUUCUGUUCGGUAAACAUCAACAUCGGCCCAGGGGACUGCGAGUGGUUUGCUGUGCCAGAACCUUACUGGGGAGUCAUGAGCACCUUCUGUGAAAAGAACAACAUCAACUUCCUAAAGGGCUCCUGGUGGCCCAACCUGGAGGAUCUGUACGAGGCAGACGUCCCGGUGUACCGGUUCAUCCAGCGCCCAGGAGACUUGGUGUGGCUCAACACCGGCACCAUCCACUGGGUCCAGGCCAUCGGCUGGUGCAACAACAUCUCCUGGAACGUGGGCCCCCUGACCGCUCACCAGUACAAGCUGGCAGUGGAGCGCUACGAGUGGAACAAGCUGCAGAGCGUCAAGUCCGUGGUUCCCAUGGUGCACCUGUCCUGGAACAUGGCGCGCAACAUCAAGGUGUCGGACCACAAGCUGUUCGAGAUGAUCAAGUACUGUCUGCUGCGGACCCUGAAGCAGAGCCAGUGGGUGAUGGAGGCGCUGGUGUCUGCUGGGAAGGAGACGAUAGUGCAGCCCAGGAACAGAGACGAGCCUGCUCACUACUGCACCAUCUGUGAGGUGGAGGUGUUUAACCUGCUGUUUGUGCGGAGAGAGCUGCUCUCCAGGAAGCAGUGUGUGGUGCACUGCCAGGACUGUGCCCGUAAAGGCAGCUCCCAGCUGGAGAACUUUGUGGUUCUGGAGCAGCACCGCCUGGACGACCUCAUGCAGGUCUACGACCAGUUCACUUUAGCUCCUCCUCUUCACUCGUCCUCAUCUUGACAUUAGACCCCCCCCCCUGCUUCCGUGGGGGCAACUGGGCCGAGCGUUGCCACGGGAACUUGUAUUUCUAACGGUAAAGAAACCCAAGGGAAACCAACGGACCAUUUCUGAUAUUCAGGAAAAGUCGAGGCUGUCCCCGUCCCCCGUCCCCCCAUGGCUGGUCUCCACGACGACGAUGGAGGCGCCAACGGCUGCGUGUGUCUAUGCAACCUGUCAAAAGUGCGGUGUGUCAAGCUCCCUGGAGAGGGCGCCAGAGAGCGCACUUUCCAAUACAGGACUCCCCCUUCCACCCUCCCCCCCCCCCCCCCACCCUCGUGACAAUGUUUAAACUCUGCCUCAGUGGAGGAAUAGAGGACGUAAUCAAUAAAGGUUAGGGAGGGGAGUGGAGGGUGGGGGAUAAUAAAGUGAAAAUGUUUUGUAGAUAUUGUAAGUGUCACAACUGGCAAAACCACCCUAAAAAGACUACUGAAUUGACAACCUUCUCUCUUUGUCACCCUCUCUCUGUCUCUCUCUCUCUCUUCUGGAAUCUCUCUCUUCUGGAAUCUCUCUUCUGGAAUAUCUCUUUCUGUUUAUCCCUCUUUUUUUUUCCCCCCCAACUUCCUGAGUGUAUCUUUCCCUGUAUGGAGCACUAGCCUAACUGGUCAUUUUCUACGGUAGAUAGUAAUUCUAAGACUCUUUUGACCGCAAAAUCUACAAAAAAAAUAUUUGUAAUGUGAAGAGUUUAGGUGAUAUAAUUUUUUUUACGGCUUUUACGUUUUCU